AAAGCGGCCUUCACAUCUCGAAGCGGCACUGGAGGCCGUAGCACAAGGCCUCAAUUUUCAUUUAUUUAUCACAAGAGUCAGUGAAAAAAUUCAAAUACUGAAGGGAGAUUUUUUAAAGAUUUAUAUUUUUUCCGUAAGAUGAGCUGUAAGCUCGGUGCUGUUCCGGCUCUGCUGUUAUCAUGGAUUUUAAUUAACUUAGCCCCAUAUCAGGACGCCCCUAUCGCAGAUGCCGUAAGAAUCGAUGUACCCAACACUUUUGAGAGGGAAAUCGAUGGGCUCGCAGCGCUAGCCAGAAAGCAAAGGAGUGCCAAUGACAAUCUUUUCCAGUUCGAUGAACAGAAACAAGCGUCAGGCCCUAAAUGCUUCCAAAAGGAAAAGCCCGCCGUCGCUGUUUUCCGUCGCUUUAACGCGCUGCUAGAUCUUGCGGAGCGCACAGACGGUGACUGCCAGGAAUUCUACGAGGAAUUGAUCGCCGACAAGACCGAAGGGAAGGACAUCUCCACGAGGACAACCCACCAGGCCUGUCUCAAACGGUGCAGUGACACCUCGGAAAACAAGAAGUCUUGUGAGACGUUCCUGCCCAAAAAAGACAAGUACUACCACAAGCUCGUGGUUGAGAACAAGAGAACUGCUAAAAGGUUUGGCGUCUGCGUACGAGUCCGCAGCUUCGACGGAGACGAGAGCCAUUUGGGUCUAUUCGAGACGAAAAGGGAGUGCAAAAGGAGUUGCAGUCUUCUUACGCAAGAUUCCUCCCCAGCCCAACAGUCACGUAGCCUUCCUUCUCUCAGCAAGCGUGCAAGCUGUCUGUACCCGUGUAUGAAUGGAGGGUCCUGCAUAAACGGAAAAUGCGUCUGCGCUGUAGGAUUUACUGGAAACACAUGCGAAGAACGUCUAUGCGACCCUCCGUGUCAGAACUCUGGGACAUGCAACAACGGGACAUGUAUUUGCACUAAGCAGUACACAGGAAAAUCAUGCGAACAUGCAAUUUGUGACAUACCAUGUGCGAAUGGAGGCACAUGCAACGAUCCAGAUCGCAACAUUUGUACCUGCCCACCUGGAUAUUAUGGAUCUCGUUGUCAAUUUGCUUCUUGUGUUCCCUUCUGUCAAAACGGUGGAACCUGUUCCUCCCCGAACACGUGCAAGUGUCCGUUCGCAUAUACUGGCAACCUCUGUCAAACACCGAAAGGUGCUUUCAACCCCGAGUACCGAGGUGUUGCUAUGUUUAAUAGCACUUCAAUGGAGUUCUACGAGCAGUGCUUCCCGGGAUACUCUGGGACUAACUGCUCCAUAGCUAAGGUGUGCGAGAUGACCUCCCAGAAGGGAAUCAGCAAGCAGAUCGCCAAGCUGAUCCUGGACACCGCCAAGGUGAAUAUCCACGCUCUAGACUGGAGUGGUAACAACGCCUCUGACCACACCUGCCUGGCCUACCUCAACUCUGUGGUCAAUGAGUGCACCACGCGUACAACCCUACUCUCGCAGCACCAAUGCGAGGAAUACUGCUUGCCCUCCCAUACCGGAAGCGUCUGUCGCAGGAUCUUCGAUCCUGUCGCUAUGGGAUACAACAGCAGCAUAUACACAUCACCGCGCUGGUACCACGACAACAGCGACAUGACAUGCAAGCCUUUCAGCUACUUGGGUUGUGCUGGCAACGGCAACAACUUCUUCUCACAAGCCGAUUGUAUUUCUCAUUGUAUAACUCCGCCCACAACUCCAGCGCCUCAAUUGCCAGUCAUUCACCCUGCUUCUCCUGAAGUACCCGGACUCUGCUAUAUCAGUGGUCGUGGCCACUUCACGACGUUCGACCAUCAGGAAUACAGCUUUUACGGCACUUGUUCCUACAAGGCUUUGAUUGACAACUCGAACGUUAAGCAGAUAUUCCAGGUGGUGCUGAACAAUGACAAAAACUGUGACAUCAACGCACCAUGCACCAAGUCUGUCGACGUCAAUGUUGACGGCAAGAAAGUGCAUCUUGGACAAGAAGUUGCGUCGCGUCACGGGUUUGUUAAAGUAGACGGAGUCACAGAGAACUUGCCAUACACCAAGAGCUGGCCCAAUAUCCGGCAGGCUGGAAAGUACGUUAUCGUUCGAACGUCUGACGAAGUUCUCAUCUACUUUGACGGUUCUGAAGAGCUGAUGAUCAAAGUACCAGAUUCCUACAAGACCGUCAACAGCUCUGACACCCGCCUAAAGGGUCUCUGCGGUAAUUACGACGGUAACAACACCAACGACUUCAUCGGGCUUGACGGGACGACUUACACCAAGGACAACAUCAACGACUUCGGUGUGUCCAUGCUGGAUGACCCCUUGUGUACAAAUCCGCCUAAACCUCCAUCGGGAUGCUAUUCCGAGGUUGCGGGCGACGUGUUUUCAGCAAUGCAAAACGCCGAGAAAAUGUGCAGUGUCAUCCAGUCAGACGCGUUUUCGGCCUGCCGCUCAAAGGUUGACUUUAGGGACUUCAAGGCUCAGUGUAUCGCUGAUGUGUGCGCGUGCAACUCGACCUCCAGGUCUGACUGCAUGUGCAACGUCCUGUCCACCUACUCCAAAGCCUGCGCAUGGAACCACAACAUCACUCUGUCAUGGAGAAGCCCAAGCUUAUGCCCUGUGACUUGCCCUAGCGGCAUGGAACACAGUGAGUGCAAUUCUGCUUGCCCACGUGAUUGCAGCAACAUGAACUCGGACCCUAACGCGUGUAAUUCCAAAUGCGUGGAUGGAUGUUUCUGUCCGGAGGGCAAGAUACAGGAUCGCGGCAAAUGCGUGGACCCAGGGCAAUGUUCCUGCUACCAUUCAGGGAUCCCAUACGCUCACGGAGCUAUCCGCAAGACGGAAUGCAGCUCUUGCCUGUGUAACGGGGGUAUGUGGAAUUGUACCGACACACCCUGUUCUGGCACUUGUACAAUGGUCGGCAACUCCCACUUCACCACCUUCGACAGCAGGUCUUACAGUAUGCACGGCCAGUGUGACUAUGUCCUUUCUGAGCACUGUCACUUCUCCAACGACACCACCAAGCAGUUCACUAUCCAUAUCAAGAUCUCAAGCGAUGGCAGUCGUCAACUGAUUGUCAGCCUUGCUGGGGCCACGCCUGUUACCCUGGGUGGGGUAGAAGGUUCUCCCACUGUACUGAACUCCAAUGGCAAAGCCACGUCUCACAUCCUGAGUGUCGAGCAUAUCGGUGUCCAGAACGUCCUUGUGCACGCUUACGCCGGCCUGACAAUCCUUUGGACGGGUUAUAAUGCUUACAUCACGGUCGGCCCUGACUUUAAAAGCCAGACUUGUGGUCUUUGUGGCACGUUCAACCAGAACGAUGCGGACGACUUUCACACAAGAGAUGGGGACAACGAAGCGGAUGCGUACGCAUUCGCCCAAGAGUGGCAAGUGGUCAGCAGUGUGGCAGCGUCCAACUGCCAUCGCAGUAACUGGAACCAGCUAGACCAGCCAUGCAGCACGUACUCCAGCAACGAGGGCUACGCAAAGUCGGGUUGCAAUGCCAUUAUUGACCUUAACGGUCCGUUUAAGGCAUGCCAUCGCUAUGUGCCCCCGCAAGAUAUGUACCAGAAGUGCGUCAAAGACGGAUGCAUGUGCAAGGACUGCCUUUGCUCGGUUGCUGCAGCCUACGCUAAAGCUUGUGCCGACAAAGGCAUUGUGAUUGAUGGCUGGCGAGACACCAUUUCUGUUUGCAAACCCAAAUUUGUGUGCCCUGCUGGAACUGUACUAAAGCAAUGUAACAGAGACCCAUUAACAAGGAAACUUCGUUGCCCGUCCACGUGUGAUGACCUCGCUAAUGUGACCGACACAUGUCCCAGUCGAAGGUGCGUCGAGGGGUGCUACUGUGAGAAGGAAGGAGAACUGAUGAACAACGAACACAAGUGUGUCGACAAGACGCAGUGUCCAUGUUACUUUGGCGACACCAUGUACAAAUACGGCGAGAUUCGCAAAGAUCGAUGCAACAACUGCACUUGCAAAGGCGGAGUCUUUGAUUGUACCAAUGUUGACUGCGAGGCGAUGUGCUUAACAAGGGGUCUUGUCUAUUCGGACUGCGGUAUUACAUGUGAAAACCUUCACCCCAUCAAUGGCGGGGAGAGGCCGUGCGUUUCGGGAUGCUACUGUCCGGAUGGACUUAUAAUGCACGACAAUGGAACGUGUGUCCAAAGCAUGCAAUGCCAAUGUAAACACAACAACAAAUACUACGACGCUGGAGCCAUUUCACCUACCGACUGUUCAAGGAAGUGCCGAGGUGAUCGUUACUGGGAGCAACUAGCUGGCAUCCAAGCCCAGCCAGAGUACGAGUGCUCGGCGUUCGGUAAAGGCCAUUACCGCACCUUCGAUGGAAUGCUUUAUAACUUUGAAAGUGAAGGCUGCGGGUACACCUUCAUGGAACACGAGGAUGUCAAGGUUGUUGUCAAGAACAUGAAGUGCGUCAACUCGUUCGAGCUUCAAAUGUGCAAAGAGGUCACCAUAACUCUGGUGAAGGAGAACGUGGAAGUUGUGAUGAUGCAAAAGUCAUUUACGCUCAAACGCAAUGGAAUUGAUACUGCAUACAAUCCCGGGUCGUACCCACCGCCCUGCAAGCCAUUCCUCAACACUUACAUGAACACACUUGAGAUAUUCCAAGUUGGUCUGUUCAUGAUCGUCCGAAUUGUCGACAGGGUCAACCCGAAUCACAUCAAGUUUGAGAUUAGAUUUGAUCAGGGUACUCGAGUGUACGUCAUGGCUAAUACUGAUUACAAGGGUACCGUGCAAGGUCUCUGUGGUAAUUUUGAUGGCAAGGACUCCAACGACAAACGCACAUCUACCGGAAGCAUUGCCACGUCCAUCCCAGAGUUUGCCGAUUCCUGGAGGGUGGGUAGCGCUUGUCUGGAUACCAAAACCGUUUCGCCUUGCGUUCUCUACCCCGACAGAAAACCAUGGGCCGACAAAGGUUGUGAGGAAAUUCGAGCAAACCCGAACUUUACCAUCUGUCAUGACGCGGUCAACCCUGCCCCCUACAUCGAGGCGUGUAAAUACGAGACGUGUAUGAGUCACAUGGGCGGAGACUGUGGGGCCUUUUGCUCCGCCAUCGCCGCUUACGUCAGGGCCUGUAACCGUUAUGGUAUUUCCAUCCUGUGGAGACGAGAAGGAUUCUGUGAACUUCCUUGCUGCCGUCCUUGUGCGAAUAGCGGAGGAUACAUAGCAGAUAACAAACUUCCGUAUUCCUGCUUACAAAAGCCUAAGAACUGUGAUGAAGUAGGAAAUCGGUGUUGUAGGGGAGCCAGGGUUGAAGGUUGUUCAUGUCCCCCGAAUGAGUUCUUUAACGGAAUUAAGUGCGUCCCUCUCAACGAGACAUGUAAUGACACCUGUGCAUCGAGUAUUUACAUUCCAAGCUCUACGCCUACAACAAGUAUCCCAACAACAACAAGCGUCCCAACCACAAAAAUAUCUACACCAACAACAUCUGUUUCCACACCAACAACCAAGGUCUCUACCCCAACGACAACAUCGGUGUCAACACCAACAACCAAGGUGUCAACACCAACAACCAAGGUGUCUACACCGGUAACAACAUCUGUGUCAACACCAACAACCAAGGUGUCUACACCAGUAACUACAUCUGUGUCAACACCAACAACCAAGGUCUCCACACCAACAACCAAGUUGUCUACACCAGUAACAACAUCUGUGUCAACACCAACAACCAAGGUGUCAACACCAACAACCAAGGUUUCGACACCAGUCACGACAUCUGUGUCCACACCAACAACGAAGGUGUCAACACCAACAACCAAGGUUUCCACACCAGUAACAACAUCUGUGUCAACCCCAACAACUAAGGUGUCAACACCAACAACCAAGGUCUCGACACCAGUGACGACAUCUGUGUCCACACCAACAACGAAGGUGUCAACACCAACAACCAAGGUUUCCACACCAGUGACAACAUCUGUGUCUACCCCAACAACUAAGGUGUCCACACCAACAACGAAGGUGUCAACACCAACAACCAAGGUUUCAACACCGGUGACAACAUCUGUGUCCACCCCAACAACUAAGGUGUCUACCCCAACAACCAAGGUUUCAACACCAACAACCAAGGUCUCUACCCCAGUGACCACUUCUGUGUCAACACCAACAACAAAAGUUUCAACACCAACAACCAAGGUCUCAAGACCAACAACCAGGGUUUCGACACCAGUCACGACAUCUGUGUCCACACCAACAACAAAGGUUUCUACACCAGUCACGACAUCUGUGUCCACACCAACAACCAAGGUCUCAACACCAACAACCAAGCUUUCUACACCAGUCACGACAUCUGUGUCAACACCAACAACCAAAGUGUCCACACCAACAACAAAGGUUUCGACACCAGUCACAACAUCUGUGUCCACACCAACAACCAAGGUGUCCACACCAACAACCAAGGUUUCGACACCAACAACCAAAGUGUCUACUCCAACAACGAAAGUGUCUACUCCGACAACUAAAGUUUCAACACCAGUCACGACAUCUGUGUCCACACCAACAACCAAGGUUUCGACACCAACAACCAAGGUAUCAACACCAACAACAAAAGUGUCCAUACCAGUUACAACAUCUGUGUCAACACCAACAACCAAGGUUUCAACGCCAACAACCAAGGCUUCUACACCAGUCACGACAUCUCUGUCCACACCAACAACCAAGGUGUCCACACCAACAACCAAGGUUUCUACACCAGUCACGACAUCUGUGUCCACACCAACAACCAAGGUCUCAACACCAACAACCAAGGUUUCUACGCCAGUCACGACAUCUGUGUCCACACCAACAACCAAGGUCUCAACACCAACAACAAAAGUGUCCACCCCAGUUACAACAUCUGUGUCAACACCAACAACCAAGGUGUCCACACCAACAACAAAGGUUUCGACACCAGUCACAACAUCUGUGUCCACACCAACAACCAAGGUGUCCACACCAACAACCAAGGUUUCGACACCAACAACCAAAGUGUCUACUCCAACAACGAAAGUGUCUACUCCGACAACUAAAGUUUCAACACCAGUCACGACAUCUGUGUCCACACCAACAACCAAGGUUUCGACACCAACAACCAAGGUUUCGACACCAGUGACAACAUCUUUGUCAACACCAACAACAAAGGUGUCAACACCAACAACAAAGGUCUCUACCCCGGUGACAACAUCCGUGUCCACACCAACAACCAAGGUGUCUACCCCGACAACGAAAGUGUCUACUCCGACAACGAAAGUAUCGACACCAGUGACAACAUCUGUGUCCACACCAACAACCAAGGUUUCAACGCCAACAACCAAGGUGUCGACACCAGUGACAACAUCUGUGUCAACACCAACAACCAAGGUGUCAACACCAACAACCAAGGUCUCUACCCCAGUGACAACAUCUGUGUCAACACCAACGACCAAGGUGUCUACCCCAACAACCAAAGUGUCUACUCCAACAACCAAAGUGUCGACACCAGUUGGGACAACCAAGGUGUCAACACCAACAACCAAGGUCUCAACACCGGUGACAACAUCCGUGUCCACACCAACAACGAAGGUGUCAACACCAACAACCAAGGUCUCUACCCCAGUGACAACAUCUGUGUCAACACCAACAACCAAGGUGUCUACCCCAACAACCAAAGUGUCUACUCCAACAACCAAAGUGUCGACACCAGUGACCACAUCUGUGUCCACACCAACAACCAAGGUGUCCACACCAACAACAAAGGUGUCAACACCAACAACCAAGGUCUCUACCCCAGUGACAACAUCUGUGUCAACACCAACGACCAAGGUGUCUACCCCAACAACCAAAGUGUCUACUCCAACAACCAAAGUGUCGACACCAGUUGGGACAACCAAGGUGUCCACACCAACAACCAAGGUUUCAACGCCAACAACCAAGGUUUCGACACCAGUGACAACAUCUGUGUCAACACCAACAACCAAGGUGUCAACACCAACAACCAAGGUCUCUACCCCAGUGACAACAUCUGUGUCAACACUAACGACCAAGGUGUCUACCCCAACAACCAAAGUGUCUACUCCAACAACCAAAGUGUCGACACCAGUUGGGACGACCAAGGUGUCAACACCAACAACCAAGGUCUCAACACCAGUGACAACAUCCGUGUCAACACCAACAACGAAGGUGUCAACACCAACAACCAAAGUCUCUACCCCAGUGACAACAUCUGUGUCAACACCAACGACCAAGGUGUCUACCCCAACAACCAAAGUGUCUACUCCAACAACCAAAGUGUCGACACCAGUGACCACAUCUGUGUCCACACCAACAACCAAGGUGUCCACACCAACAACAAAGGUGUCAACACCAACAACCAAGGUCUCUACCCCAGUGACAACAUCUGUGUCAACACCAACGACCAAGGUGUCUACCCCAACAACCAAAGUGUCUACUCCAACAACCAAAGUGUCGACACCAGUUGGGACAACCAAGGUGUCAACACCAACAACCAAGGUCUCAACACCAGUGACAACAUCCGUGUCCACACCAACAACAAAGGUGUCAACACCAACAACCAAAGUCUCUACCCCAGUGACAACAUCUGUGUCAACACCAACGACCAAGGUGUCUACCCCAACAACCAAAGUGUCUACACCAGUCACAACAUCUGUGUCAACACCAACGACCAAGAUAUCAACACCAACAUCCGUAACGAAAUCUUCAUUUGUAUACGUCAGUCAACCAUCCAUUCAAGAAUCAUUUUCUACCUUCAUCCCCUCAUCUCUUAGAACCAGCAUUCUACUCACCACGACUUCAAGGUCGAUUGGCUGGCCAAGUAUGAUGACGAGGAAAUCGACACCAACUACUAAGGUUUCUACUCCUGUCACAACAUCAGUAUCAACACCAACAACCAAGGUGUCAACACCAACAACAAAGGUCUCGACACCAGUCACAACAUCUGUAUCCACACCAACAACCAAGGUGUCUACCCCAACAACGAAAGUGUCUACUCCCACAACCAAAGUGUCAACACCAGUCACGACAUCUUUGUCCACACCAACAACUAAGGUUUCAACACCAACAACCAAGGUUUCAACACCAGUGACAUCAUCUGUGUCCACACCAACAACCAAGGUAUCAACACCAACGACCAAGGUGUCUACCCCAACAACCAAAGUGUCUACUCCGACAACCAAAGUGUCGACACCAGUGACCACAUCUGUGUCCACACCUACAACCAAGGUAUCAACACCAACAACCAAGGUCUCGACACCAGUCACAACAUCUGUAUCCACACCAACAACCAAGGUGUCAACACCAACAACCAAAGUGUCUACUCCCACAACCAAAGUGUCGACACCAGUUGGGACAACCAAGGUGUCAACACCAACAACUAAGGUUUCAACACCAACAACCAAGAUCUCAACACCAACAACCAAGGUUUCGACACCAGUCACGACAUCUGUGUCCACACCAACAACCAAGGUGUCCACACCAACAACUAAGGUUUCAACACCAACAACCAAGGUUUCGACACCAGUCACGACAUCUGUGUCUACACCAACAACCAAGGUGUCCACACCAACAACAAAAGUGUCCACACCAGUGACAACAUCUGUGUCAACACCAACUACCAAGGUGUCUACACCAGUGACAACAUCUGUAUCAACACCAACAACUAAGGUUUCAACACCAGUGACAACAUCUGUGUCCACACCAACAACUAAGGUGUCUACUCCAACAACCAAAGUGUCAACACCAACAACCAAGGUGUCAACACCAGUGACAACAUCUGUGUCUACACCAACAACGAAGGUGUCAACACCAACGACCAAGCUGUCUACCCCAACAACCAAAGUGUCUACUCCGACAACCAAAGUCUCGACACCAGUAACCACAUCUGUGUCCACACCAACAACCAAGGUCUCUACACCAACAAGCAAGGUGUCAACACCAACAACCAAGGUCUCGACACCAGUCACAACAUCUGUAUCCACACCAACAACCAAGGUGUCUACCCCGACAACCAAAGUGUCUACACCAGUGACCACAUCUGUGUCAACACCAACAACUAAGGUUUCAACACCAACAACCAAGGUCUCAACACCAACAACCAAGGUUUCGACACCAGUCACGACAUCUGUGUCCACACCAACAACCAAGGUGUCCACACCAACAACUAAGGUUUCAACACCAACAACCAAGGUUUCGACACCAGUCACAACAUCUGUGUCCACACCAACAACCAAGGUGUCCACACCAACAACAAAAGUGUCCACACCAGUGACAACAUCUGUGUCAACACCAACUACCAAGGUGUCUACACCAGUGACAACAUCUGUAUCAACACCAACAACUAAGGUUUCAACACCAACAACUAAGGUUUCAACACCAGUGACAACAUCUGUGUCCACACCAACAACUAAGGUGUCUACUCCAACAACCAAAGUGUCUACUCCGACAACCAAAGUGUCAACACCAGUGACCACAUCUGUGUCCACACCAACAACCAAGGUCUCUACACCAACAACCAAGGUGUCAACACCAACAACCAAGGUCUCAACACCAGUGACAACAUCCGUGUCCACACCAACAACCAAGGUCUCUACCCCAACAACCAAGGUGUCCACACCAACAACAAAGGUUUCUACCCCAGUGACAACAUCUGUGUCCACACCAACAACCAAGGUGUCAACACCAACAACAAAAGUGUCCACACCAGUGACAACAUCUGUGUCAACACCAACAACUAAGGUUUCAACACCAGUGACAACAUCUGUGUCCACACCAACAACUAAGGUGUCUACCCCAACAACCAAGGUGUCAACACCAACAACCAAGGUAUCAACACCAGUGACAACAUCUGUGUCAACACCAACAACCAAGGUGUCAACACCAACAACCAAGGUCUCUACCCCAACAACCAAGGUGUCCACACCAACAACAAAGGUUUCUACCCCAGUGACAACAUCUGUAUCCACACCAACAACCAAGGUCUCAACACCAGUUACAACAUCUGUGUCCACACCAACAACCAAGGUCUCUACCCCAACAACAAAGGUGUCCACACCAACAACAAUAAUACAUAGCAUCAAGACACAAACGCCUGGUGGUUCGUCACACAUCCAGGUCUCCACGGCGAUAACCAAGUCUAAAGUAUCACUCCCAUCCACAUUCAUUUCAACUCCUGGUUUACCGACAGCACACCCUCCAUCGACCAAGGUGUCAACACCAGUGACGACAUCUGUGUCAACACCAACAACCAAGGUUUCAACACCAACAACCAAGGUGUCCACACCAGUCACAACAUCUGUGUCCACACCAACAACCAAGGUGUCCACACCAACAACCAAGGUGUCUACACCAGUCACAACGUCCGUGUCUACACCAACAACCAAGGUCUCCACACCAACAACUAAGGUGUCUACCCCAGUGACAACAUCUGUGUCCACACCAACAACCAAGGUUUCCACACCAACAACAAAGGUCUCAACACCAACAACAAAGGUGUCUACCCCAGUGACAACAUCUGUGUCCACACCAACAACCAAGGUGUCAACACCAACAACUAAGGUGUCUACACCAACAACCAAGGUUUCUACACCAGUAACGACAUCUGUGACCACACCAACAACCAAGGUGUCCACACCAACAACUAAGGUUUCAACACCAACAACCAAGGUUUCGACACCAGUGACAACAUCUGUGUCCACACCAACAACCAAGGUCUCCACACCAACAACCAAGGUCUCAACACCAACAACUAAGGUGUCUACCCCAGUGACAACAUCUGUGUCCACACCAACAACCAAGGUUUCCACACCAACAACCAAGGUCUCAACACCAACAACUAAGGUGUCUACCCCAGUGACAACAUCUGUGUCCACACCAACAACCAAGGUUUCCACACCAACAACAAAGGUCUCAACACCAACAACAAAGGUGUCUACCCCAGUGACAACAUCUGUGUCCACACCAACAACCAAGGUGUCAACACCAACAACUAAGGUGUCUACACCAACAACCAAGGUUUCUACACCAGUAACGACAUCUGUGACCACACCAACAACCAAGGUGUCCACACCAACAACUAAGGUUUCAACACCAACAACCAAGGUUUCGACACCAGUGACAACAUCUGUGUCCACACCAACAACCAAGGUCUCCACACCAACAACCAAGGUCUCAACACCAACAACUAAGGUGUCUACCCCAGUGACAACAUCUGUGUCCACACCAACAACCAAGGUUUCCACACCAACAACCAAGGUCUCAACACCAACAACUAAGGUGUCUACCCCAGUGACAACAUCUGUGUCCACACCAACAACCAAGGUUUCCACACCAACAACAAAGGUCUCAACACCAACAACAAAGGUGUCUACCCCAGUGACAACAUCUUUGUCCACACCAACAACGAAGGUGUCAACACCAACAACUAAGGUGUCAACACCAACGACCAAGGUGUCAACACCAGUCACAACAUCUGUAUCUACACCAACAACCAAGGUAUCUACACCAACAACCAAGGUGUCUACACCAACAACCAAGGUGUCUACACCAGUGACAACAUCAGUUUCCACACCAACAACCAAGAUUUCAAUAGCAACAACCGUAACGAAAUCUUCAUUUGUAUACGUGAGUCAACCAUCCAUUCAAGAAUCAUUUUCUACAUUCAUCCCCUCAUCUCUAAGAACCAGCAUUCUACUCACCACGACUUCAAGGUCGAUUGGCUGGCCAAGUAUGAUGACCAGGAGAUCAACACCAACGACCAAGGUCUCUACUCCAGUCACAACAUCUGUGUCCACACCAACAACCAAGGUCUCAACACCAACAACAAAGAUCUCUACCCCAGUCACAACAUCUCUGUCCACACCAACAACUAAGGUGUCCACACCAACAACCAAGGUCUCAACACCAACAACCAAGGUGUCCACACCAACAACCAAGCUGUCUACCCCGGUGACAACAUCAGUUUCAACACCAACAACCACUUUAACAAGCAUUCCCACAACAUCUGUCGUCACCACUUCUUUCACAACAACAAGCAUCACACCUUCAUCGGCGUACACAAGUAUACCAACUCCGUCACAAUCUAUUUGUCCGGUUUGCGUAUAUGUGAAUAGCAACAAUGUCACCGAGUAUUACAAGAUUGGAGAUAAAUGGACUGAUGGACCAUGUAAGAACAUGAGUUGCGAGGCGGUGUCUAACCCUUGCUAUCCAACAAACACGACCGCUCAGAUCAAGUCAAACAGCAUCAUCUGCCCAGCCUGUCCAGAGGGUUACGAUCGCUUGAAUGCGACAAGCGAUGUGUGCUGCGGUGAAUGUGUUCCAGUGAUUGGCCCAACAACCAUACCACCCAAAUGUGAACGCCAGGAGUUCGGAGCCAAGCAAAUCAAAAUUGGCGCGUGCUACUCCAACCAGACGUACCUGCACACAGGUUGUGGCGGUUAUUGCGACUCCUCUGCCACUGCGACGCAUGGUGUAUCGCUCACACUUGACCACAAGUGUACAUGCUGCAGUGCGGCCAAGGUGACGCGCUUCAACGUCUACAUGGUGUGUCCAGACAAGUCCAAGAACUUCGAGACCAUGUUCCCCGUGAUCGACAGUUGCACAUGUCAUUCUAUCUCGUGCUCCAAAGACAUCACAGAUAAUGGAUUGGUCGAAGUGAGCGAGAGCUCAGGCGAAGCAGUCCUCAAGCGACGACGACGACGACGAUGAACAUGAGGGUCCUUUAGAUUAAAUGGGAAUCGUUUAGGGAGGGGAAUCCAAAUAAACAAGGCUAUAUCGUAAAUUAUUGAAAUUCCGGUCCAUUCAGUGGCCGAGAUCAAUCUAGAGCCAGUAUUUUGAGAAUUUUAUUGUGGGAUGAAUAAAUAAAGUCUCAGAACAGAA